GGCUCUCUCAUAUAAAACAAGUUAAUAAAACACACAUAGCAAUUACAUCACAAUCCAUGUGUCGUAACAGCAACUGCAGCACGUGUGUGUGUGUGUGUGUCCUGCAGCUAGCAGUAUAGUUCAGGUAUUCAGCUUGGCUGUUUGGCAAACGUCACAUGGUUCCACAGAACGUCCAAGUUGGCCAGAGUUGAGGUCACCUGGCAUCGGCCUUGAUAAGAGUCCAGGAACGAGCUGACCUCCCGUUAUUUCUACUCUCCACAUCUCUGAACGAGCCCCCAUGGAUCAGAACUGUUCAAGAGGAACGUCAGACAUGGACGGAUCCUGUGACAAGGGACGGAAGAAAGAGUCCGGUCCGGUAGAGGUGCAGAUGUGCCAGUCCGUCCUGCCCAUGCAUGCAAACCCCCAGGGACAGCUGGGAGCGGGACAGCUGCUGAAGUGGAUGGACACUACCGCCUGUCUGGCAGCUGAAAGACAUGCAGGAAUGGCGUGCGUAACGGCUUCCAUGGAUGAUAUCCAGUUCGAAGAGACAGUAAGGGUUGGGCAGGUUAUCAGUAUCAAAGCCAGAGUGAACAGGGCUUUCAACACGAGUAUGGAGGUAGGCAUCUAUGUAACAGUACAGGAGGUGCUCAGUGGAGUGAUGAAGAGGGUUUGCGUGGCCUUCUCCACGUUUGUCGCCAAACCAACAGGAACACACAAGGUGUCUCUGAAACCUUUGGACAUUCAGGGCUCGGUAGAGGAAAUGCUGGAAUAUUCACUAGCUUCAGAGCGACGACGACUCCGUCUCUACAACGAAGAGGCCUUCAAGAACCUCAUGAAGGACUAUUACAACCUUCAGGACAAGGGACUGUGUAGCAGGAAGCCCGUCGCGCCCGUGGUGUCGACCGAACUCACACGGGUCGAGGGCAUUGAGCUGGUGCUGCCUCCACACGCCAAUCAUCAUGGAAACACAUUUGGAGGACAAAUCAUGGCUUGGAUGGAGAACGUGGCUACAGUAGCAGCCAGUCGUUUGUGUGGCUGCUAUCCUUCUCUCGGAGCUGUGGACAUGUUUCGAUUCCGAGGUCCGUCUAGUGUCGGUGACAGACUAAUGUUCAAAGCGAUGGUCAAUAAUGCCUUUCAGACCAGUGUGGAGGUGGGUGUUCGGGUGGAGGCGUAUAACUGUGAGGAGUGGAAUGAGGGAACACCAAGACACAUCAACAGCGCCUCCAUGAUUUAUUACAUCCCAGGACAUGACGGGGAGAGACAGAUAUUUCCUGAAGUCACCUACACAACUCUUGAUGGAGAAAGACGAUUUAUUGGUUCAAUUGUCAGGAAGAGAAUUCGCAUGGCCAGGAAACACAUUCUGUACUCAGGAAAUGAGGGACCAAUUUCUGUGCCUUGGGACAGAAGUAAUCAGGUGUUCUUGGGCUAUAACAACGUGGCAGCACUCACAGUCUUAGCUGGGAAGCGAGGCUGGGAGGCCAGUAAUAUCAAUGAUAAGGUAGGAGUCUACGUGCAUGAGGAGGCAGAUAAGCUGAGUUUAAAAGUUGAGAUGAAGGUCAAAACUACGGCUCUUUAUGCUUUCUCGCUGCUCGCUGACCUGCGGUUACGGCCACAGUGGGACAAGAACUAUUUGAGUUGUGAAGAGGUCGAGAAAGCAAAUGAGGAGGAAACCAUUUAUCACAUUAAAUGCACCACUCUCAAUGGAAGCAAAAGUCGGGACUUCGUGGUUCUUUUGUCUAAAAGGCAACCCUGCAAAGAUGGAGACCCGUAUAUCAUAGCACUCCGGUCCGUCACCAUGGCAACAGUUCCACCGGAGGAGAACUCCAUUCGGAGUGAAGUUAAAUGUGCAGGAUUCCUCGUUCAUGAAAUAGGCUAUUCAACUUGCAAGGUGUCAUACUUCAACCAGGUGACCUCUGGAGUGCUGCCCUACGUGGAGGGAAAUAUAGCCGGCUGGUCCAAAUCUAUGGAAGAGACGGCAAUGUCCUGCAUUUCAUUUCUAGAGCAAGAUUUGCUGACCACACAGUUCUGAUCUGAAACAUUUGGACAAUUCUAGGAUAGAUUUUUUUUUAAAUUAAGGUUACGUUAACUGCCAUGAUGAAGUAAUCAUAAAAAUGUUCAGUUAUAGCAUGUUGUUCAAAAAGCCAAUAAUGAUAACUGUAAAGCCAACUAUAAUGAUAUCUAUAUUAGCAUCCACACCAGUGGACAAUACAAUUAUUUAUUAUAAGCAUAUGCUCCAGGUAUGUGCCUGUCACUUUAAAGU